AUGGCAUCAUCAACUCUCUCUCAAACCCUCCUCCCCAUUUCCUCCACCACCACCUCAAACCCUCCAUCCACCGCCACCGCCCAGGUGGCCCUCCGAGGAAUCCUCGCAAACUCCUCCGACUCCGUCCGCCACGCCCUUAGCCGCCGUCGCCCCUGGUCUGAGCUCCUCGACCGCUCCUCGUUCUCGACGCCGCAGUCCUUCUCCGAUGGCACCCUUCGUCUCCGCAAGAACCUCCCAUACUUCCGCAUCAACUACUACGCCGUCGUUUUGCUCACCGUCGCUGUAUGUCUCCUCUCCAACCCUUCCUCCCUCGUAAUCCUCCUUCUCCUCCUCUCCGCAUGGCUCUCUCUCUACCUCCUCCGUCCCUCCGACAUACCUUUGGUCCUUCUUGGACGCACCUUCUCCGACUUCGAGACGCUCUCACUCCUAACCGUUUUAACCGUCUUCGUUGUGUUCCUCACUUCCGUUGGAACCGUUGUCUUCUCCGCCAUGCUCGUUGGUGUCUCCGUCGUCGUCGCACAUGCAGCGCUUAGGGUUCCGGAGGAUCUGUUUCUUGAGCAGAAAGAGGGCUCCCAAUCUCAGCCAGUUGGUUUGUUUUCGUUCCUCCGCGGUGCCGCUAUCAAUGCUGCAGUGUCUGCCGCUGCGGCGCCCAACACAGUUGCUGCUCGUGGUUGA